AUGUUCUUGCUCAUUGCCUUGCUCUUUUCAACGGCCAUUGCAGCUGCACUGCCUGCCCCGGGGUAUACCGAGGGAAAUCUAUCCCAGCCUUUAAGUCAAACGGGAUUCACUUCCUGGAAUGCCGGCGCAGUCACCGAAUUCCCCAUCCACUCGAGCUGCAAUGCAACCCAGCGCCGGCAGAUAGAGCUGGGUCUAAACGAGGCCGUUACUCUCGCUAGGCAUGCUAAAUCCCAUAUCCUGCGCUGGGGCAAUGAGAGCGACAUUUAUCAAAAGUACUUUGGCAAUAGCCCUUCCAUGAAUGCCAUUGGUGCUUUUGACAUCGUGGUCAACGGCGACAAGAAAGAUAUUCUAUUUCGCUGUGAUAAUCCUGACGGGAACUGCGACCUAGAAGGCUAUGCCGGACACUGGCGAGGUGAAAACGCAACAGGUGAAACGGUCAUCUGUGACCUGAGCUACGAGACUCGCCGAUCUCUGUCCACGAUGUGCGCCCUUGGGUAUACUGUGUCAGCCUCUGAGACCAAUACUUUCUGGGCAUCUGAUCUGCUGCAUCGACUGUACCAUGUUCCUGCCAUAGGACAGAACUGGAUCGAACAUUUUGCCGACGGAUAUGAGGAGGUCAUUGACCUAGCAACUGAGAAUGUGACUUUAUCAACACAUGACUCGGACACACUUCAACACUUCGCACUGGAAGCGUAUGCUUAUGAUAUUGCUGUGCCUGGUACUGGCUGUCCGGGGUCCCAGCAUGAACAUCAUGAUAGCGAUACGGCCGGUCCUGGUACCGGCGGGAGUGAGAUAAUGAGCACAGCGACUGCGACGAAUGGGCCUUCCACGACGUCUGAGGUGCCUGCUAACUGUCAUACUCACGAUGGGGGAGAGCUUCAUUGCAUUUGA